AUGGCAUUGAGCAGCCAAAGGGCCUUCACUUCUGCUACUGCAGUUUGUCCAAGGAAAUACCAAGUAUUUUUGAGUUUCAGGGGUGAAGACACUCGCAGGGGUUUUACUGACUAUUUAUACAAACAGUUGGACUGGCGAGGAAUUAGAACUUUCAGGGAUGAUCCAGAUCUUGAAAGAGGGAAAGAUAUCAAUCCGGAGCUCCUCACCGCGAUUGAACAAUCAAGGUUUGCAAUCAUAGUUCUUUCAACAAACUAUGCUACUUCAAGUUGGUGUUUGCGUGAACUAACCCAUAUUGUUCAGUCCAUGAAAGAGAAGGAGAGAAUUUUCCCAAUCUUUUAUGAUGUGGAUCCCUCUGAUGUACGACAUCAACGGGGGAGUUAUGGGGCAGCCCUCGUUAACCAUGAAAGGAAUUGUGGGGCAGAGAGAGAGGAGGUGCAUGAGUGGAGAAAUGCUUUAAAAAAAGUUGCUAAUCUCGCUGGGUGGAAUUCAAAGGAUUAUAGGUAUGAUACAGAGCUUAUCAAAAAAAUUGUUGAUGCAGUGUGGGAUAAAGUGCAUCCCACAUUUUCAUUGUUAGAUUCCUCAGAGUCAGAGAUAUUGGUCGGACUUGAUAUUAAACUAAAGGAAAUAGAUCUGCAUUUAGAUACAAAAGCAAAUGAUGUGCGCUUUGUUGGGAUAUGGGGGAUGGGCGGAAUGGGUAAGACAACCCUUGCUAGAUUAGUUUAUGAGAGAAUUUCUCAUAAUUUUGAAGGUAGCAGCUUUCUUGCAAAUGUCAGAGAGGUUCUUCUCGUUCUUGAUGAUGUAGAUCAAUCAGACCAACUGGAAAUGUUGAUCAGAGAAAAAGACUGCUUUGGUUUGGGAAGUAGAAUCAUCAUUACAACUAGAGAUGAACGUUUGUUAGUCGAACAUGGGAUAGAGAAAGUAUAUGAGGUCAUGGCAUUAACCCAAGACGAAGCUCUUUAUCUCUUUAGUAGGAAGGCCUUUAGAAAAGAUGACCUCGAAGAAGAUUAUCUAGAACUGUCUAAAAAUUUCAUAAACUACGCAGGAGGUCUUCCAUUAGCUCUUAAAACUUUGGGGUCUUUUUUGUAUAAAAGAAGUCGAGAUGAAUGGAAGAGUGCACUAGAUAAACUGAAACAAGCUCUUGACAGAAAAAUUUUUGAAAUUUUGAAAAUAAGCUAUGAUGGACUAGAGGAGAUGCAGCAGAAAAUUUUUCUUGAUGUUGCAUGUUUCCAUAAGUUUUAUGACAAGGAAAAAGUGAUUGAAAUACUAGACAGUUGUGGUUUUGUUGGCACACGUAUUGUGAUACAUGUUCUUAUUGAGAAAUCUCUCUUGUCUAUUUUAGACACGCAUCUGUCCAUUCAUGAUUUGAUACAAGAAAUGGCAUGGGAGAUUGUUCGUCAACAGUCUUUUGACGAGCCAGGUGGUCGCAGUCGCUUGUGGCUUCACAGUGACAUCAUUCAUGUACUCACGAACAAUACGGGAACGGAAGCCAUUGAAGGCAUAGUCCUAUGCUUGAGUGAAUUUGAAGCGGCACACUGGAAUCCUGAAGCAUUCACUAAGAUGUGUAAACUAAAGUUGCUCAAGAUUAAUAAUUUGAGCCUUUCUUUGGGCCCAAAGUAUCUUCCCAAUUCCUUAAGGAUUCUGGAGUGGAGUUGGUAUCCCUCCAAAUGUCUGCCACCAAGUUUUCAACCUAAUGAACUUGCUCAACUUUGUCUGCAGCAUAGCAAAAUUGAUCACCUUUGGAAUGGAAUAAAGUACAUGGUGAAGUUGAAAUCUAUUGAUCUUAGUUUCUCCGAGAACUUGACAAGGACCCCAGAUUUCACAGGUACUCAGAAUCUUGAGAGGCUGGUUUUUGAAGGUUGUACUAAUAUUGUCAAGAUUCAUCCAUCCAUUGCCUCUCUCAAAAGACUAAGAGUUUUGAAUUUUAAAAACUGUAAAAGCAUUAAGAGUCUCCCAGGUGAAGUUGAACUGGAAUCUCUUGAAACAUUUGAGAUUUCUGGGUGCUCAAAAGUGAAAAAGAUUCCAGAAUUUGUGGGAGAAAUGAAGAAUUUUUCGAAGCUUUCUUUAAGCUUCACUGCUGUUGAGCAAAUGCCUUCAUCAAUGAUACCUUUGAUCCCGAGUUUGAAGGAGAUUGAUAUGGGUGGAAUUUCUAUGAGAGAUGCGUCAUCCGCCCUGGUUCCAGUGAAAAAUAUCGAACUGUCUAGAUCAUGGCAUUCUUUCUUCAGUUUUGGCUUAUUUCCAAGAAAGAAUCCUGACCCUGUGAGUCUGGUGUUAGCUUCCUUAAAAGAUUUACGCUUUUUGAAGUUUCUAAAUCUGAAUGACUGCAAUCUUUAUGAAGGAGCAAUACCUGAAGAUAUUGGUUUAUUGUCCUGUUUAGUAGAUUUAAAUCUUGGUGGAAACCAUUUUGUUAGCCUUCCUGCAAGCAUCAGUGGGCUUUCUGAGCUUAGGACGUUCACAUUGAAUAAUUGCAAAUGGCUUCAAAAAUUGCCAAGCUUUCCAUCAAACAGAGGACCUGUAGGAAAAAAUAUCUUUAGUGUAGUAGACACGAAUAAUUGUACUUCCUUGAAAGUAUUCCCAGAUCCACCACGGAUGUGCGGCAUAACUCAUUGUUGGAUUAAUUCUGUCAAUUGCUUCAGUUUGGUUGACCAUGAAGGUUCCAGUUUCAUAAUAUAUUUAACGGCGGUGAAGAAAUUCCUUCAGGAAAGUCCUCGUUCUUUGUUCUUCUUCAGUGUUCUAAUUCCUGGAAGUGAAAUUCCUGAGUGGUUCAAUAAUCAAAGUGUGGGAGACCCACUAAUGGAGGCUCUACCUUCGGAUUCUAAUAGCAAGUGGGUGGGGUUUGCUUUUUGUGCUCUAUUUGUACCUGCUCAAGAAAUUUCAGCUACUGCUACGAAACUUAAUUAUCUCAAAUUUCAAUGCAUUUAUGAUUUAAUUAACAUAUAUCCGGGUCCGAGUUUUCGUAUUGGGAUAACGGAUGUAGCGUUCGAUCACCUUUGGUUGAUCCUCCUGUCUAGGAAACAUUUCUUUUGGGAACAAAAAGGGAGACGUGGGACCUAUUGGAGAGAGAAAUGCCGGGACAAUAAGAUUCAGUUUCAGUUCAACGUCGAAGCAUCUGGUCGCGGAGAGAAGACAUGGUUGAAGGUGAAGAAGUUUGGAGUCCGCGCACUGUACAAACACGACAUGAAAGAGCUCAACCGAACAAUGAAACAAUAUUCCAACAGAAAGAAUUCUUUUUAUGAGGACGUUACAGAUUGUGAUUUUGACAAAUCAGACAAGGUACAAGGUGCCAUCACUAAGCGAACACGUGAACAGUACUGUACUGAGACAGGACCAAGCGGUAUUGGUACCCUUGGCAAAGAACUCUGCAAAAGAAUGAAAGACUAA